UUUGCAUCCAGCGCCUCAAAGAUAACAACACAGCAUGAAACCACUGCACCUUCGCUUCUAUUUUCUCUUCCUUUCUCUCUGUAUAACCCGCGUGCGCUCUGUGCAAUCCUACUGAAACACAGAAACCCUUCUUUCUCUCUCUGUAUUCUCUCUUUUUCUUUCUUUUCUUCUAAAGAAGAGCAACGCUCGAGAGAGGGAGAGAGAGUGUAAUAGAAUAGAAAGUGAGAAUUAAUGCUGUUAAUGAGCAGAAAGAUAAACACCCAUUUUCCAAAGGAAAUCUGAGCAGGCUUUGCCAGACCAGCCAAGAGAGUAAAAACCCACAUUUCAUUUACAACUGACUGGCUGCCGCUGCUGGCUGCUGCUGCUCCUACUUAUACUACUAUCACUAUUUAGGAUUUUCCUGUAAAAAGCCUGGUUCUUGAAGCAUAAAUCUCGGGAGAGUUCUGGAGAUAAAACAAUCUUUUAGGGCAAAAAAGGAUUGCGUAGGAGAGAGAAACCAAGAAAGCAAGAGAAAGAAAAGAAGGAGAGAUAGAGAGAGAGUGGCUUAUGUUGUUAUAUAGCAAAGCCCCCAAGUGAAACAACUAGUAGGAAAAAGAAAGAUAAGAUAGUGAGAGAUAAUGGAAGGUGGUUCCAAUAGCACUUCUUGCAUGAUAGCUUUUGGACACAAUGGUCAUGGACUAUGUCCUAUGACGAUGAUGCCUCUCAUGACUUCUCAUCCUCAUCAUCAACAUCAUCAUCAUCAUCAUCCUCAUCCUCCGAAUUCAGACUCAUACUCCCUAUUUCUUCCCUUACCUCCCACCAACAAUCAAGACCAGAACCACAAUAGCAGCAGUGGCUCCUCCAUGAUUCUUGACGAUCACAACAAUAACAACAACAGCACCAACAACAAUACCGGAUGUUAUUUCAUGGAGACCAACGAUGGCAGCUCUUCUUCUGUCAAGGCCAAGAUCAUGGCUCAUCCUCACUACCACCGUCUCUUGGCCGCCUAUGUCAAUUGUCAAAAGCAGGUAGGAGCACCACCUGAAGUGGUGGCGAGAUUAGAAGAAGCAUGUGCAUCUGCCGCCACUAUGGGUCCCUCUGGCACCGGCUGCUUAGGUGAAGAUCCAGCUCUCGAUCAGUUCAUGGAGGCAUAUUGCGAGAUGCUGACAAAGUACGAGCAAGAGCUCUCCAAACCCUUCAAGGAAGCCAUGCUUUUCCUCCAAAGGGUCGAGUGCCAGUUCAAAGCGCUGACAGUGUCCUCUCCGAGUUCUGCUUGUGGAGAAGCUGCUGACAGGAAUGGAUCAUCUGAGGAAGAAGUUGAUGUGAACAACAAUUUCAUAGAUCCCCUUGCAGAAGAUCGAGAACUUAAAGGUCAGCUUUUGCGGAAGUACAGUGGAUAUUUAGGCAGUCUGAAGCAGGAGUUUAUGAAGAAGAGGAAGAAAGGGAAGCUGCCUAAGGAAGCCAGGCAACAGUUGCUGGAUUGGUGGAGUAGACAUUACAAAUGGCCUUACCCAUCGGAGUCGCAAAAGCUUGCCCUUGCUGAGUCUACUGGUCUGGAUCAGAAGCAAAUAAACAACUGGUUCAUCAAUCAAAGGAAAAGGCACUGGAAGCCCUCUGAAGAUAUGCAGUUCGUGGUAAUGGAUGCCACCCAUCCGCACUACUACAUGGACAAUGUUUUGGGCAAUCCCUUCCCCAUGGAUCUCUCUCCCACACUUCUCUAAAAACGUAACCACGGAUUCACGGCUGCCGUAGCUGUACGGAAAAGCUUGAAGGCCAACUGCAUUUGAUAUGCAAACUGUUAUAAUUAAUUUGAUGGGUAUUUUUAUGUCAUAUUAUCAUAUGCAUACCUCCUGUAUGCACUUUGAGGCUAUUUAUGCUCUCUCUAUAUAUAUAAGUUCCAGACUGUUAAAAAGUAUAUAAUAGUAUAUCUCCGUUCAUAUAGUUUUGUCAAAUGCAUUUGGGAUGAGAUAUUAUUUUUGGUAGGGUAAACUGCAUCGAAAUCGGAAGCAAACUGUUACAUUAAGCAUACGAAGAAAUGAUUUAAGGAAGCAAUUGGGAGAUGUACUCUUCAAUUUUUUGUUAUUAGA